GAAUUUGACUGCCGUCAUGGCUUGUGACCGCCGGUCUGGUGGUAAUACCGUCACCUUGACAACCCCUCCAUGUUGGCAGAUCUAGAUGACUGAGGUUACCAGAGACAAACGGCUGAAUGUACAACUCUAUACAGCUGACUUCCUAUCAUUGGACCAUUGGAGAAGGGCCCAAUCCCAAAUUGACAUCUAGACCCUAUGCACUUGUGGAGAUGUAAGAUAAUCUAAUUGGUUGUAAGCAAUAUGGUAUGACUUCCGCCUAUCAUUGAGUGGUAGAGCUAUUACCAUAUUGCUUACACCUGACAAAACCUCUCCGAUCUCCACAAGUGCAUAUGGCGUAAGGUCUAGGAUCUAGUGUCUAGGAUCUAGGUCUAGGGUCUAGGGGGAAUUUAGGACUGGGCCCAUUGGGUCCAUGUGUCUUGAUUUCUGGUUUUAAAAGACUUGUCAGCAGUCUUACCACCAUGACUAGUUCAUAAUACAUUCAAAAAUGCCAUGCUGUUGUAUCCUGUAUGUUUAACUUGUGAAUAUAAUUAUAUUUUGUCAAUCUCUCUCAAACUGAAAUAAUGCUGCUCGGCUCCCUGUUCAAGUUGAGUUCAAGUUGAGUUUUUGUGUUAAGAGUUGAUGUUAAGAUACUUGUGUAUGUGAACACCCCUUCAAUUUAGUGGAUUUGGCUAUUUCAGCCACACCUGUUGCUGACAGGUGUAUAAAAUUGAGCACACAGCCAUGCAAUCUCCAUAGACAAACAUUGGUAGUAAAAUGGCCUUACUGAAGAGCUCAGUGACUUUCAACGUGGCAUCGUCAUAGGAUUCCACCUUUCCAACAAGUCAGUUCAUCACAUUUCUGCCCUGCUAGAGCUGCUCCGGUCAACUGUAAGUGCUGUUAUUGUGAAGUGGAAACAUCUUGGAGCAACGACGUCUCAGCCGCGAAGUGGCAGGCCACACAAGCUCACAGAACGGGACCACCGAGUGCUGAAACGCACAGCGUGUAAAAACCGUCUGUCUUUGGUUGCAAAACUCACUACCGAGUACCAAACUGCCUCUGGAAGUGUAACGGCUGUGAAAUGGCUAGCUAGUUAGCGGGUACGCGCUAGUAGCAUUUCAAUCAGUUACGUCACUUGCUCUGAGACUUUAAGUAGGGUUGCCCCCUGCUUUGCAAUGGCCGUGGCCUUUGUGGAGCGAUGGGUAACGACCGUGCUUCGUGGGCAACCGUUGUUGAUGUGUGCAGAGGGUCCCUGGUUCGCGCCCGUGUCGGGGCGAGGGGACGGUUUAAAGUUAUACUGUUAAAUUGAUGCUGUUGACCCGGAUCACUGGUUGCUGCGGAAAAGGAGGAGGUUGAAAGGGGGGUGAGUGUGGCCUUUGUGGAGCGAUGGGUAACGACCGUGCUUCGUGGGCGACCGUUGUUGAUGUGUGCAGAGGGUCCCUGGUUCGCGCCCGGGUCGGGGCGAGGGGACGGUUUAAAGUUAUACUGUUACAGAAGCAACAUCAGCACAAUAACUGUUCGUCGGGAGCUUUAGGAAAUGGGUUUCAAUAGCUGAGCAGCUGCACACAAGCCUACGAUAAGUAAUGGUCUGUGGCUGCUUUUCAUGGUUCAGGCUCUUAAUUUCCAGUGGAGGGAAAUCUUAACACGACAGCGUACAAUGACUUUCUAGAUGAUUCAACUUUGUGGCAACAGUUUGGGGAAAGCCCUUUCCUGUUUCAGAAUGACAAUGCUCCUGUGCACAAAGCGAGGUCCAUUCAGAAAUGGUUUGUCGAGAUCGAUGUGGAAGAACUUGACUUGCCUGCACAGAGCACUGACCUCACUCAGCCAGGCCUAAUCGCAAGCCAGGCCUAAUUACUAGCAUCAGUGCCCGACCUCACUAAUGCUCGUGGCUGAAUGGAAGCAAGUCCCCGCAACAAUGUUCCAAAGCCGUCCCAGUAGAGUGGAGGCUGUUAUAGCAGCAAAGGGGGGGUUUUGGGACCAACUCCAUAUUGAUGCCCGUCAUUUUGGAAUGAGAUGUUUGACGAGCAGGUCACAUAAUUCUGGUCAUGUAGUGUAUGUUGUCCAUUUCAAGGAACGUUUUCAAUUUAUUGCUGAACGCCAACUAGAGUUAAUAAAAAUGGUGACAGCAAUGUGUUGUUGGAGUAGAUCUUUAUGAGUAAGAAGGAUUAUGCAUAAUCUAGGGUCCUAGUAUAACCAAGGGUCCUAGUAUAACUUAGGGUCCUAGUAUAAUUUAGGGUUCUAGUAUAACUUAGGGUCCUAGUAUAACUUAGGGUCCUAGUAUAACCAAGGGUCCUGGUAUAACCACGGGUUCUAGUAUAACCUAGGGUCCUAGUAUAACCAAGGGUUCAAGCGUCACAGGCAAAGUGCAUGUAUGUAGUGUUGCAUCAACAUUUUGUGAGGACAGAAAUUAAAUUCUUAGAUGUGUAAUUAUUUGUUAAUUGAUCAAUAAUGACAAUAAAGGUGUAAUUCUAGUUUAAGUUAGAUAACAAUAGUCAAAUGUGUAAUUUUUACAUAAACACACAUUAAUCCGGAUAAGAUUGCUAUACUACCAUUAUUUGUCACCUAUCUAAAAAAUGUGGAUCUUCAUUUCAGUCCGUCUUUCAUGGCAGAGUUUUGUGCUUUUGCAUUGGGUGACUGUUGAUGGCGUGAAAAGACAAAUUAAAAUUGCUAUUCAAAAUGGGGGACACACUCAUUAUAACAUGUUCAGUUAUGCUCACCGCACAACUAAUAAAUCCAUACUGUACAUACAUAGAAAGCGCGUAAACGUGAUUCGUGCAUCAUACGGCUUUUAUUUUGUCGUAGCCAUAUUUUGAUUGACGCCGUGUCAAAAAACGUCACUACGCCGGAAGUGUUUGUUGGAAAGAUUAAAAUCCUCUUGAGUGACAGCAGCGGUUUGGUACAUUGUAUUUUUUUCUUUCUGCAGGGAUGGAGGUGACACGCACAAAUUUCAAAGACAGUUUAAGUACUGUGUACAGCGCAAUAGAGGAAGCAGACUUUAUCGCAAUCGAUGGGGAAUUUUCAGGUAUUAGCGAUGGGCCCAACGUCAGCGCACUGACUAACGGGUUGGACACUCCAGAGGAGCGCUACAUGAAACUAAAAAAGCAUUCCAUGGACUUCUUGCUGUUUCAGUUUGGACUGUGUACGUUCACAUAUGACCAGGCGGAGUCCAAGUACGUCAUAAAGACUUUCAAUUUUUAUAUAUUCCCAAAGCCAUUCAACAGAACCUCACCCGACACCAAGUUCAUCUGCCAGAGUUCCAGCAUAGACUUCCUGGCCAGUCAGGGUUUUGACUUCAACAAAGUGUUCCGUCACGGGAUCCCGUACCUGAACCAAGAAGAGGAAGUGCAGCUGCGGGAGCAGUAUGAGGAGAGGCGGAGUCAGAGUAACGGAUCAGGAAACCCCUCCUACAUCUCCCUCAACUCAAACAACGGCCCCGGCAGCAUCCCCGAGGAGCACAGGGAGUACAUCGGACGAGUGGUGUAAGUUUAAACCUGACUC